AGCCCUUUCUCCAUAAGUGAGUGGGAACUUUUUUGCUAGGGUUUUGAGCGCUGCUUGCGAGUUAGGCCUUCGAGGGUUUUAGAGAUCGCGGAGACUGGUAAAGACUCUAUCUCUCUCCUGGAUUCACGAUGAGCAGAUCAGGCCAGCCUCCGGAUUUGAAGAAGUACAUGGACAAGAAGCUUCAGAUCAAGCUGAAUGCAAAUAGAGUUGUGGUUGGGACUCUCCGUGGAUUUGAUCAGUUUAUGAAUCUGGUGGUUGACAACACAGUAGAAGCAAAUGGAAAUGAGAAAAACGACAUAGGGAUGGUGGUCAUCAGGGGAAACAGUGUGGUGAUGAUUGAAGCUCUUGAGCCUGUUAACAAAACCCAGUAGUGUAAUUCACCAUGGCUACUGCUACAGUAGCAUAUCAAUUGAGAACAUUUUCUAUUGCAUGGAGCUGGUGGCAUCUGAUUUAACAUAUUUUGUAAUGAAGGAUUAAAUGGAAGCUUUAUGACUUGAAUGUGAUAGAGAUAAUUUCUUUGUGGGUACAGUAUGUAUAUCCUUCAACGUAGAUAUUCUA